AUGGAGAAAUUGAGUGCGAAGCUGAGCGAGGUCGUUGCGUAUUUGGAUGAGGAGCUGAGGAUCGAUGAGAUACCGGAUUAUCCGGGGGCGGUGAACGGGCUGCAGCUUGAGAAUGGCGGUGAGGUGACGAAGGUGGCGGCGGCGGUGGAUGCGAGUUUGCCGGUGGUGGAGAAGGCGGUGGCGGCUGGUGCGGAUUUGUUGGUGGUGCAUCAUGGGAUGUUUUGGCAGGGGGCUCGGCCGUAUACUGGUGCCCUAUAUAAUAAGGUGAAGUUGGCGAUGGAUUCUGGGAUGGCUAUUUAUAGUGCGCAUCUCCCGCUGGAUGUGCAUCCGCUGUUAGGCAAUAACGCGGUCUUGGCCAGAGAGCUGGGACUGGAUGUGGAGGGUUCCUUUUUACCAUGGAAAAAUCUGGAGCUAGGAUUGUGGGGAAAUGAUGGGCGAAGUCUAGGUGAGUUUCGCGAUGAUCUGGCGAGGGUGGUGGGCGGCGCGGUUUUGAUGUGCGGCAAGGAGGAUCAAGCAGUGGGGAAGGUGGGAAUUGUGACGGGUGGCGCGGGAUCUGAGAUUGAGGCUGUGGCGAAGGCGGGGGUGAAGACGUUCAUUACUGGAGAGGGGCCGCACUGGAGUCAUCCGCUUGCGGAGGAGCUGGGUGUGCAGUUUUUAUAUGGGGGGCAUUAUGCGACAGAGACUUUUGGAGUGCGAGCGAUGGCGCGGCAUUUAGCGGGAAUUUUCAAAUUAGAGGAGGAAUUUGUCGAUCAUCCUACGAAUCUCUGA